AUGGCCGACGCGUCCGACUCUGCGCGCAAGUCCUGCACUUUGCCGCCCGAGAAAGUCUUCUCUAUUCAGAUUGGUUCAGAUCUAUUUCGUCUCUCGGGAGCUUCAAUUGCCUCAGAUGCACCCUCUUACUUCUCGCGCUUCUUCGAGGAGCAGCUGCGCGUCUCUGAUCCCUCCAAUAUUCGUACCCUCUACAUCGACCGCGACCCAGAAACUUUCAAAGAGAUCGCAAGACACCUUCAAGGUUAUCAUGUUCGACCUCGAGAUGGAGCGCAGUUUGUCAAGCUAUUCGCGGAUGCUCAAUUCUAUACCUGUGAGACCAUCUCAGCUCUCGUCCAUUGGUUUACAGAACUGGUACUGACUGACCAAAAACAAUCGGCGACCGUCACUUCCAAAUCCCACGCGAUAUAUUCUCUGGCCCCUGGAGACUCCCCCAAUUUCUUCACUCUCGGAUUCGGUGCUUUCUUUGCCUCCCCUACAGAAGUCUUCCCAGGUCUCGACCGUAUAGGACUCCUGCGUCCCCCGGCCAUCACACCCCCAGGUGUCCCCAAUCGAUCGGCGGAGGUCUUCGCAGAACUCCUACACCUUCUACACGGCUACCCAUUACAUAUUCGAAACGCAGAACACCGCACCGAGCUCCUACGAGACUGUCGAUAUUUCCACCUCCGAGGCUUAGAGCAGCGAUUAAUACCACAUCACAUAAGCGCCAACCCUUUCAACCAACGCUCUGAGAUAACCAUCCAACUUGAAGAUGUUCGACCAUCAGGCAUUCAAGUCUUCCAAAACUCCCUGAAUCCCACAAUGAUUAGCGGAUUGGUAACAUAUGCUCGUCCCUUUGUGGACGAUAACCCCUUUGAUCUGAUGCUGGAAAUCGUCGGAGAUUCAACAAUCAUCAGCCGUGCGGGACAACGAGCAGAUUUCAUUGGGACAACUAAGUCUCGUAUGGCGAGUCUGGUGCAGGUCAUUGCGAAGAAAUUAAAUUCGCCCGAUAUCAAAAUUGGCGCACUUCCACUCAAGGUCCGUUGGGGACGAGAGACUGAUAUAGUAAUUGAUGGAGAACGCGAUCCACUGAGAAUCGCGAAUUUACUGGCUAAUGCUGAAAUUGAUAAUGAGGAACCUCCGGCCAAACGGCAGCGCACGGAUGGAUCAGAUGAAGGGCCUUGGGUGGUUCGCAAAGGACACUGGCGCUUGCUUGUGCACCAGGCGGAUCCCAAUGGUCCAUGCGAGGUUAUGAUGGGAGCUGUAAAGUUGGAUCUAUGCACCCAUCCACGAAUUCGCAAUCGAGAUAGAGAUUUUCUCUAA